AUGAAAUAUUUUCUUAUAUUUCUGUCACUUUCAAUAUCCUUGUGCAUCAAAUUAGAACUUUUAGAAGUAUUUCAUAAAUCGAUCGACUGGUAAGCCAACUAUUAACCGACUUAUGAAAAAUAAAUGAAAAAAAUGGAAAGACAAAUAUAAAUUAUGAAAGAAUAAAGAAGAGCAAAGAAUCAACAAUGCGAUCGCAUUUAACGAGGGUUAGACUUUAUCGUUAAUGAAAAGGAAAAAAAUGAAAAGUUUACAUCAUGGUUGACAUCUCGUAUUGAAUAAAACCAGAAUCGGGUUGAAAAACUUAAUUAAAUCAAAUGUCAAAGCAGUUCUUCAUUUUAUGAGACAAUGAAUGAACAAAACAGAGUGAAUAAAUUAAACUAAUUUUUUGUUAGUUGGAUAAGUCGAGAUUAGAAAUUACUCCAAUUAUAAGAUACUCAAACCUUCAUUUAAGAAAUGCAAGUUGAAAACGAAUAUCAAGAUGCACUAUUAAUUUUAUCUGAAUAAAUUCGAUCAUGCAAAUUAUCCCCAUUCAAAUAAUAGACAAUUGAUAGAAGCGAAAGCUCAAGAAGAGAUUUUGAACAAAACAUCUUUGCUUUAGAAAAGUUAAUGACUCAAAAUAAUGACUAGCUGGAGCUUAACGAAGUGAGGGUUUAGGAUAAAAUCACUAAAUUUAUUUAAUAAUUAGAUAAGGAGACAGAGCAAUUACAAAUUCAUUAUGAAUCUAUUAUGAAGAUAAUCAAUAAGAGUCCAGUUGAAACUACCUCAAAAUAACGAUUAGAUCAAUGUUAGAAGGAUGUGUUGAGUAUCGAUAAAUUGAUUGAGGCUACACAGGAAGCAAUAAAACGAAUAUAGACUUGUGCUCCAAGUGAAGGAUUGGCAUAUAAGCAGAAGAGAAUUUUGAGUCAGAUUGCAAAGGAAUAUUCAUCAGGAGUUGCCAAAUUUGAAUAAAAAUGA